GAAACGACGGAAUGUUCUCAAAACAUACACUCCACAUAUCAAGGGUCCUAAUCAUGCGGACCGGAAGUGCCAUGCAUUGCAUGAGAAUGGGUCCGAAUGCCUGGCAAAAUUGGUCCAAGCUAAACAUACCCUUUGUCCAGUGCAUCAUCAGGAGUACAAGAAGCUCUACAGGUCUUAUAAGGACAGCGAAGAGUUUUACAAUAAUGUUGAGACGGGUGAAACAGGGGCAGGUCUUAACGAGAGGAUAAAGGCGAAGCUAGCUGCUGGGAAGAAGACGCUCGAGCUUAGGAAUGUGGUUAACCAUCGGUUUUUUAGUCUCUCUAAUAAUAACCGUGGCCAUAUUCGGUGGAUUCUAAAGAUCCAGUCAGACCUUCAUAGUCUGGAACAGAAACUAGUAGACUCAGAAGCCGAAGAACCAGCAAACCCGCCAUCGUCAGCACAAGAUGGUCAAGAAGUCGAGACACCAGUCUUCCGGUCACUUCUUGAUCCAAUGGUCCCAAUGUCAAAACUAGGGCAUCUUCCACUCAACCAUCCUGUCGUCAUAUUGAAGAUGUUUACUAACACGAUGUCGGCCGCGACAGUUGAGAAACUUUACUCUAUUGCUCCAUCCCUUAACGACUCGCCUUCUGCUGCCCCGGGCAAUGCAAGUCGCAUAGCGAGUGAAUUAGAUGUGCGGGACACUAUUAUCCGCUUCCUCUUCCGCGAGCUCCUCUUGCAUAAAGCCGAUGCCGAUGUACUCGUUAGGGCCACCCGAAUCCGAAGCAUUGACACCUUCUUGCGGGACUCUUCCGUAGAAGACCUUGAAUAUUACAUCAGAUUCUUUGAGGCAUUUCAAGAAGGACGGUCUGAUACAUUUCACCUUCUUCGUGAUGCUGUUUGCGAUUAUCUCCUAGACCCACAGCCUUCAUCGACCACUAUAUUGGGUGCUGGAAUCAGCACAGACGAUAGUCCUCGAAGAAUGACCACGAAGGGUUGGGAUAUCUUAUACGCGAACUUCUAUGACAUUGUGGACUGGUGGAAUCUCGAGAGCUUCGCUAUUCAAUUCGAGGACUUUGUUAUAGUCAAGACCUUGAGUGUUAUGCUCAGAUACGGGUCAGGCGACUCCAGCAAUGGCAGUGCCACAAAGUGGCAUGUACCAGAUGAAGACGUCUCCCAAGAGUGUACACCUGCUGUCAUGCAAGGAUUCAUCGCGGUUACGAAAGGCUUCUCUGAUCCCAUCGGACCUUCUAUCAAAACCGAAAAUGGUAUCACGCAGGAGAGACAUACUCGUUCCUAUGUUGUGGGGAGAAUGGAGAAAAAAUGUGAAUACGCUCUGCAGUUGAUACAAGAGUUGAGUGAAAGAGUCGAGAAGUUCCUAGUCCUCGUGUAUGACUGGGAGAAGAGACCUUCAUCUCGCCAUCUCAUUUCACCCCCUCUCGCAGACCAGAAUCCAUGGAUCACACGUUUUCGAUCCGCGUCUAAAAAGGAGGUCCUCAGUUCGCAACCAUGGGUAGUUGAAUGGUCUCUAGAAGAUAUACUCGACGAUGUUGAGAGCAUGGGUGCCUUAAUGGGUAAUAGCAUGACUAAAGACUAUUUCGAGUUUAUUAUUAUCGAUAGAGCACCGGGAAGGCCGUUCGAUAUUCUAGACGUAGUGGCCGAUGCGCUGUCCAAGCUAAAAGGGGAUCCGUCGUACGCCCAGAUUAGCCGCCAGGCCGUCCAGAAAUACAUCCCAUCUAAUGAACAAGAAGCUUAUUUCGAAGAACUCACCCAUAUGCAACUCACCCAGUUCCCACCAGCAAUUUCUCCCCAAUAUGUUGGCAAUCGUAUUCGCUGUUGGGACAUCCCUGACGCACUUCACGAUAUCCUUCGAACUGUGCUAUUGGAUAAGUCUCGCACUACAACUCAACAGGAGUCUCGACUCAUCUCCAAAGUCUCUGCAGACCUAGAAUCACACGGAGUCCUCACCAAAAUCCUCGAAUACGAACCAUCAAACAUGCGUCCCGUUAUGAUGCCAGGAAUCGACGGACUCGAAGAUCUGUACUUCCCCUACGAUUUGGGACCUAGAAAGGAAUCAGCCCCAGGUGAAAGCGUGUUUGACUUCGGUCCUUGGGACAACGACCUCUUCGAGUUCUCGGAGAAAUACAAACGUGCUCACCCCAACGCGUUAUUUGCCAAGGGGAGGGUCAAUGUCCCGUAUUGCGCGUGGCCAUGUCCUAAUCUUACCGGACCUCGGCACUCUCGUCUUAACUUCAGCACCCCGGAGGGUCGUAUGUAUAGAUGGAACAAGUUACCGUUCGACAUGCCCAUGGCCUCUCACGUGUGGCAGAUAUUCGUAAAUUUGCAGAUACACAAUAAUUUGUCGUUCGUACGCAUCGUCCAGUCGACGUUGGUUAUAUGCGCGGAAGACCGGGACGACGCGGCGGCUAAUCUUAAGGCGUUGAUUGACCUUGGCGAGAAGAAUGGGUUGACAUUUUCUAUUCCGUCGCCGGUUUCGUGGACAAGUGACAUCGGGAAGUUGGGUCUCGAGUCGUUGUGGGAGGGAAUUCGUGUAUUCUUAUAAGUGAAUGCGUCGUGUGGGGUGCUGUUAGAGGUGGUUGUUGGGAUAAGCCAGGACAGCUAGGUAGUUGAAGCUACGCCACCCCAUCGAACAUCGGCCUCUCUUCGCUGAAAUACAGGUAGGUGGCAGUACCAACACAUUGUAGUCAGCAUUUUCCCAUUUUUAAAAAUGUAAUAAGGAAUAGUUACCGAGCAGUGACGGCGAUUAGUUACGAUGAUUCGUUCGGGGUUCAAGUCAAAUCUUAAGUUGAUUUUAGAUCCUGUUCUGGUGAGGUAUUUUAACGAAU